AUGUCAAGUGAGUUUCUUCGCUCCUCACCCGCAAGAGAUGAUACUGAAGAUAUAAUCUUAAACAAAAUACCAUCAAUUACUCAAACACCUGCUUCAAAGAAAUUAAAUAAUAAAUCAAUUAAACAAGAACAACAAAAUAUACAAUCAAAUUCUUUCCCAAUACCCAUAGUACCACCAUCAACUUCAAAAUAUUUUUAUCAACCACCAAAUCUAUCGGGUUGGACUCCAUUAAUAUCAAAGACUUACUCAAAUGAACAAUUUUUAUCAUUCAAUUCAACUCCAAAUAAAUUAUUUAUAUCAUCAACUCAUCAAUUACAACAACAAGGUCAACAAACUGCAUCAGCAUAUCACAAUAGCCUACUUAAUCAACAUACACAGUCUCAACAACAUCAACAACUGCAACUGCAAUUACAUCAACAACCAAAUGAUUAUGAAUAUCAAGGAUUUGGUUUAACACCAUUUAUAAAUCAUAAUUUUAAUAUUAUGGGAAAUACAUCAAUAAGUCAAUUUAAUAAUAUAACACCAUAUAAUGAAAAAUUAUAUCAACAAAAUUGUGAAUUUUUUAUUGAUUCUCCAAUAAGAUCAAAAAAUAAUAAUAAUAUUGAACAACAAAAUUUUACAAUAACUCCUUCAAAAUUUUCACUAAAUAAUGUUGUUAAUAGUAAAAAAAUAUUUCAAGAUCCUUCAACUAGUGCAACUAAAAGAAGUAUUACUUUAGUUGAUACACCACCUAGACAACCACAUAAAUUAAGUAUAACUACUAAAGCAAGUAAUGAUGAUGAAGAAGCACUGGAUAAUAAUAUUCAAAAAAGUCAAAUCGAUGGAAGUCAACAAAACAGUGAUCAUUCGAAAUCAAAUUAUGAUAAAAUAAGUCCAUUUAAAACAAAUGAUAAAGCUGUAGAAGAUAAAGAGACAGAAGACGAAUUGGAUGAAGAAGAAGACGAAGAAAAUAAAGACCAACCAACUGUAAAUUUGAACAAUGAAAAACAGAUAGACAAAAAUAUACUAUUACAAACUCCUUGUAAAAAACCAUUAAAAGACAUUUCAAAUAAUACAAACUUAGAAUUCAAUACACCAGUAAAUAAACAAAUUGUUGUAAGUUCUCCUACUACAAUAAUUUUGACAUCUACCAAAAAGAGCACUAGUAAAGUUAAGGAGGAGUUAAAUGAUAAAGAGAAUAUUCCACCACCUAGUCCAACACCAGCAAAGAUUUCAUUACAACCAAAAAUGGGUGUCUUUUCAGAAAAUAAUAUCAUAAACAAUAACAAACCUAAAUCUAAGCCAAAACCUAAACCAAAUUCAAAUCAAAAUCAAAAAUCAAAGUCAAAAUCCACUAAAAAUUUAAAUUCCAAUACAUCCUCAUCUAAACCUUCAUCACAAGCAAAAACUUAUGAAUCUUCAACCAAUUCAUCUUCUUCAUCUCUCGAUUUGAAUCCAACUAAAUCAAGACAAGAAAAUAAAGCAAAAAUGCAAAAAGGAAUGAAUAAAUUUCAAAUUGUAUUAAGUGAUGUUACUCCAGUCAUACCUAAAAAGAAAUCAAAAGAUAAACCAAAAUUUCAACAAACAGUUAAACAACCAACUUUGAUACCAUUACAACCACCAGGUCCACCUUUACCUCAACAAAAUAUUAUUUCAUCAUCUUCAUCUCAACCUCAACAAAAUAUUGUACCAUCAACUUCUUCCCAAACUCAGCCUCAAUUACCACCAUCAUUAAAUAAUCAACUGUCAUCAGUAAUGGAUCAUAACAUAACCAUGAACUCUUUAAAAGAACAUAGUAGCAUAAUAUCUCAUAGUAAUAAUAGCAUUAAUUCAAAUUCAAGUCAUUUAAAUUUAACAACUGACCAUUCAUCAUUUGAUAUUGGUGGAAUUUCAUCAACUCCAAAUUCGAAAAUAUUAUUAGAUAGAAUAUUUGAAAAACAAUCACCACAACAAUUAUUUUAUUUACAACAACCAAAUAUGCAUCAUCAUCAUAAUCAGCAACAACAAUUUUUACAACCACAGAUUCCAUCACAACAACAAUCACAACUUCAACAAGGAAGCAUGCUACCUCCACAAUCAACUCAACCUAAACAAAAUUUACCUCAUCAAUCGCAACAACAACCACCACCACCACCACCACAGCAGCAGAAUUUCCCAAUAAUGUCAAUGAUGUCAACACCACAACAUUCUCAUAUAUAUAAUCGAAAUGAUCCAAAUAAUCAACAACAAUUUUUAACAAAUAUGAAUAAUCAUCAACAAUUACAAACACAUAUAAAUAUAACAAAUACAAAUGUAUUUCAAAUACCAUCACCAUGGAAUUAUGCAUUUGGUACACCACAAAAUUUUUCAAUUUUUAAUAAUCAAACUUCAAAUCAAAAUAUACUAUUACAGAGUCAGAACAAUAAUUCUUCUUCAUCAAAUAAUUUGACUGCUGCUGUUAUGGCUGCAGCAUCAAAGGAAGUUGAAGGAGGUCAUAGUAAUAAUUGA